CGCGAGCGAGCGAUGGCACCUGUGUGAGGAGAAUCGUGUCCGUUAGCUGACACAUAACAGACAUACACAACUAUAUAUAAUGUCUCCAAAUAUCGUUUUGUAAUUAAAUAUGCCUGUGCAUUAGAGACAGCAUUCUUUUCCAAUAAUUUUAUUUCCUUGCGAGGAUAUUCGUUGCUGAGGGAAAAAAGGGCGACGGCACGAUUUGUUUCUUUUUUUUUAAAAAAGAGGAUUUUGUUUUCCUUUGAAAGCGGUUUAAUUAUGAAGAAAUUUAAUUUCCGAAAGGUGUUGGACGGUUUGACAGCAGCGUCCUCUCCGGCUCACUCGGGCGGCGGGCUCGGAUCUGGGACAGGGGCCGGUGGCGGCAGCAGUACUGGCGCUGUUAGCGGAGGCAGUAGCGCUGCCAGCGGCGGCGGCGGCGGUGCCAUGGGAGGAGGGAGAGGAGGAGCUGGGGACUCGGAGAUACCGGAGACGCUCACAUCCGAACACUUUCAGAUCUGUAAGACAGUGCGCCAUGGCUUCCCCUGUCAACCUUCUGCCUUAGCUUUCGAUCCGGUGCAAAAAAUCCUGGCUAUUGGAUGCCGUACAGGAGCACUACGAAUAUUAGGUCGUCCUGGUGUUGAUUGUUACUGUCAACAUGAUAGUGGGGCAGCUGUGCUGCAGCUUCAGUUCCUAAUCAACGAGGGAGCUUUAGUAAGUGCUUGUGCAGAUGACACACUUCAUUUAUGGAACCUCCGCCAAAAGCGUCCAGCAGUUCUUCAUUCGCUGAAAUUCAAUCGAGAGCGGAUUACCUACUGCCAUCUCCCUUUCCAGAGUAAAUGGUUGUAUGUGGGCACAGAGCGAGGAAAUACAUACGUUGUGAAUAUUGAGUCUUUUGUCCUAUCGGGAUAUGUCAUCAUGUGGAAUAAAGCAAUAGAACUGUCUACAAAAACUCAUCCUGGACCUGUUGUUCAUUUAAGUGACAGUCCAAGGGACGAGGGGAAACUUCUCAUGGGAUUUGAAAGUGGAACAGUUGUGCUGUGGGACAUAAGGUCAAAGAGAGCAGAUUUCAGAUUUUAUUAUGAUGAGGCCAUCCAUUCUGUCAGCUGGCAUCAUGAAGGGAGGCAAUUCAUGUGUAGCCAUUCAGAUGGUAGUUUAACCCUUUGGAACUUGAAAAAUCCAAGCAAACCUUUUCAGAUCAUAGUACCACAUGGAAAAGCCCAACGAGAUGGGAAAAAGCCUGAGCCGUGUAAACCAAUCCUAAAAGUAGAUCAUAAGACGUGUAGAUAUAGUGAACCAUUUAUAAUAUUUUCUGGAGGACUUUCCUAUGAUAAAGUGUGCAGAAGACCCAGCCUGACAAUUAUGCACGGCAAAUCUAUUACCGUUCUGGAAAUGGAUUAUCCAAUUGUGGAUUUCCUAGCUCUUUGUGAAACACCAUAUCCAAAUGAAUUCCAAGAACCUUAUGCAGUUGUUGUGCUACUUGAAAAAGAUUUGAUUGUUGUCGAUCUGACGCAAAGCAAUUUUCCUAUCUUUGAAAAUCCAUAUCCAAUGGAUGUGCACGAGUCUCCAGUGACUUGCUGUGCGUAUUUUGCUGAUUGUCCUCCUGAUUUGAUACCUGCACUUUAUUCUGUGGGAGCCAAACAACAAAAAAAGCAGGGAUAUAGCACAAAGGAAUGGCCAAUUGCUGGUGGCACAUGGAAUUUGGGUGCUCAAUCGUACUCUGAAAUCAUCAUAACUGGGCACGCAGAUGGCUCAUUGAAAUUUUGGGAUGCUUCUGCCAUAACUCUUCAAGUGUUAUACAAGCUUAAAACCUCCAAAGUAUUUGAAAAGCAGAAAAUGAAAGAUGCAAAGCAGAUUGCAGAAAUUGUUGAAGAGGAUCCCUAUGCUAUACAAAUGAUCAGCUGGUGCCCAGAGAGCAGAAUGUUCUGUGUCGCUGGCAUUUCAGCACAUGUGAUUGUUUACAGAUUCAGCAAGCAUGAAAUUACUGUUGAGAUAGUGGCUCUGGAACUGCGAUUACAAUAUGAAGUUGAAGAUAUUGUUACCCCUGAACCUGAGUCUGUACAGCCAAUCACUGAUAAUUCUUCACAUCUGUACUUUUCAAAGACUUCUGCGUUAUCAAGUAGUGCAAACGCAUUAACAUCAGAAGGAUUAAAGGACAACAUCCCAUGUCUCAAAGUCAAAACCCGACCUAUAAAAAUGGCUCCAGGGUACCAAGCUGAUCUUGUCAUUCAGAUGGUCUGGAUCGAUGGAGAACCACCUCAACAAAUCACUAGCCUAGCAGUAAGCUCUGCCUAUGGCCUUGUUGCAUUUGGAAAUUGUAAUGGUUUGGCAAUUGUGGACUUUAUGCAAAAGACUACUCUACUCAGCAUGGGAACUAUUGAACUUUAUGGUACAAAUGACCCAUUUCAACGGCAUCUCAAAUCACCUCGAAAAAGCAAACAACUCAAUGCAGAAACUUGUUGCAUGCAUGGCCUAUCUAGUUUAUACUCACUGAAACGACUCCGUGCAUCUUAUCAGACUGCUGUUACAGCAUUAAGCCUUGGCUGCUGUGAAGGUUUGACUGAACUUCUUGAUAACCCUGUAUCACUGGAGAUUGAACGCUGCAAAUCUCCCACUUCAGGUAAAGUAAAAGGACCAAGAAAGUUAAGUCUGCCGACAGAUCUUAAGACUGAUCUCGGGUCUGUGAAAAGUUCCUGUAUAGAAGGAAAAACAACUAUUUCAAGAAACUCAGUGAAAGCUUUUGAGAGGACUAGAACCAUUUAUGAAGAUCAUGUCAAUGGAGUUUGCACAAGUCCUAUUUCCCAACCCUGCAACACUGGGAAGCGUCUUUCCAUCGCUGAUACUUCAAAGCUGAAUCGUCGAGGACCAGGCCGACCGCCAUUUCGAAAAGCACAAUCAGCAGCCUGCAUGGAAAUCUCAUUGCCUGUCACCCAUACAGAAGUAGGCCACACUUCCAGACGGGCAAUGCUUCAGCAAUUGCAUGGCAUCAGUAUUUUCUCUCACGAUGAGCAUCAUGCUUCCUCAUUUUCAUGGAGCGAAAAAGAAAGUAAAGAAAAUUCUUUUAACCGGUCCCGAAGUUCCAGUGUCUCUAGCAUUGACAAAGAAUCAAAGGAGGCUAUAACUGCUCUGUACUUUAUGGAGUCCUACAGCCGAAAGAUGGAUUCUACCCUCUCACCGAGCCUUUGGGUUGGUACCAGUUUGGGUACAGUGUUAGUCAUCAACUUGAACCUACCUCCAGAGGAACAAAGAUAUUCAGAACCACUUAUGGUCUCUCCCAGUGGAACAGUGUUAAUGUUGAAAGGAGCCCUGCUAACAUUUUCAUUCUUGGACUCUCUGGGUGGUUUAAUACACCCUCCAUAUGAAGUGUGGAAAGAUCCAAACAAUGAAGAUAAAGAUGAUAAAGGACGGAAAAGAAAACUCGUAAUAUUUUCACCAUCUUCCUCUCAGGACAUAGGGGAUCACCAGUAUGUAGUGCUCUGCUCAGAGAAACAGGCUAAAGUCUAUUCUCUCCCUUCUCAAAGCUGUCUUUACAUACACAAUAUUACAGAGACUUCUUUUGUAUUACGAGCUGAUGUUGUAACUAUGUGCAACAGCAUCUGCCUGGCCUGCUUCUGUGCUAAUGGACACAUUAUGACCCUAAGCUUGCCAAGUCUUCGUCCAUUGUUGGAUGUAAACUACUUGCCUUUAACUGAUAUGAGAAUAGCACGAACUUUCUGUUUUACAAAUGGUGGACAAGCUCUGUAUCUAAGUUCCCCCACUGAAAUCCAGCGAAUUACUUACAGCCAAGAGAUGUGUGAAAACCUUCAGGAAAUGCUUGGAGAUUUGUUUACCCCAAUUGAAACCCCAGAAGCCCAAAAUAGAGGCUUCUUAAAGGGGUUGUUUGGAGGAAGUGGACAAACAUUUGACAGAGAAGAAUUAUUUGGUGAAGCUUCAGCAGGCAAGGCAUCUCGGACUCUUGCUCAGCAUAUCCCUGGACCUGGUGGACUUGAGGGAGUUAAAGGUGCAGCCUCUGGGGUUGUUGGAGAUCUAGCCCGUGCUCGGAUUGCUUUGGAUGAACGUGGACAGAGACUGGGUGAACUGGAGGACCGAACUGCAGCUAUGAUGGCGAGUGCAGAGACAUUCUCUAAACAUGCCCAUGAGUUGAUGCUGAAAUGCAGAGAUAAGAAAUGGUAUCAGUUCUGAAGACUUCAAGAGCUCUUAACAAAUGUAUUAAUUCAAUAAUGCCAUUCAGGAAAUGGACAUUGUCUUCUUCCACUGGUUACUGAAAAGGAAGUGACUUUUCUUCUCAAAUCCCCAUUCUCAAAAAUUAUUGGAAAAAUAAAUCAAAUCUACAAAUUCAACAUGUUAAAACAUUAGCUCAAACAUGAGGUCUUAUUCUUCCAUUUUACUAGGAAUUAAUCCUAGAAUCUUAUGUUUCUAGUUUGCUGAACUGCAAAAGUAGAUAUAUUUUGUUUAAGUAAAGCUUUUUAACACAGAAUGGGGAAAGGAAACCCAGAAGUAACCGGUAGGUGCUCCUAUAGAAAACUAGACCUACUUCAACACAUUUUUGCAUGAAGAAACACCACCUUUAUGAUGAAAAACAACAGCAUGUUAUUGUAGGUAGGAGGGGGAAUUAAUUUCUAGCAUAAGCAGAAUAUAAAAAAACUUCUAUUUUAAAUCUGCAUAGCAAAGCCCAAAUAGGCAUGUGAACUACAAUUGAGGGUUGACUAAUUCGUGGGCUGAUUUGAACAGUUGAUUGUAAGUAUUGUUUGGCAAACUGGUAACUAUGUCAAAUAACAGAUAACCUGGCAGUGAAUCUUUCACUUGCAUUAAAGAUUCCCUUUGUCACAUUCUGCUUGGUAUUAGCAUAUUGUUCUGGUAUUGACAAAAAGCAUAUGCUGAAUAGUUGAUAUUAAUAUAAUUGAACAGAAGGUCAGACCAGGUUUAAUGAUGUAACUGAUGCAGUUCUUUCUUUACCAGAAUGUAGGCAAUCUGGUGAAAAUCAGAGGACUUAAUCAAACUUGCUAAUAUCUUAUUCUGCAUGCAUUUCUGUGAGAAGUAAUCAUUAUCCAGAUUACAGAAGAUUAUACACUUUUUAGGAGUUGAAUAAUGCACUUUGGGUGCCCAAACAUUCUGUGUUAUCUUGCUGUAAUUACAUUUGGUUUGGUUGGUAGUACCCUCAAUUUUUUUUCUCUCUGCUAAAUUACUGUAAUACUGUGACUUAUCUCACUUCCAUUUUUUUUUUGGAAAUUGAGUGAGUAGAAGAAAAAAUAGAUGCAAAAUCUAAAUAAAUCAGAAUAUGAGUAUAGUUUCAUGCAUGCCACAAAUGUUGCUCAUAUAUCGAAAAUGAAACUAAUACUAUCUACUUUAAUGGCUAUGACUAAUAUUACACUAAUGAGAGAAACAAAAGCAAAAUUUUACAGCUGUUGGAAAGUUAAAAUAAAAACAGGAAAAGCUUGGAAUAUUUCCAGCAUUUUCUGUUUUAAUUACUGCUAGGUAAACAUUGGUAUGGUAAUAAUUGGAAUAGUUUGUCAUUUGCUGCCAUGAAUUCUGACUGCUUGCCAGUAUAUCAAUCAAAUGAACCAUCAACUUAAGUUUUACUUUUUGGAAUGGGGCAGUCCCCACCUGUCAGUUCGUUUGCAAAGGACAAGUUUUAACAGAGUUCAUACGAUCAGUAUUCCUUCCAGUAUUAACCCAGAAAUAUGAUGCAUCCUGGAGAUUGAAACGUUGGAAGGCACAUUGCAGCUAUAUUGUUUUUUUAAUCAGGUGCAUCUGGCAUUGUUUGAUAUUUUCCUAAUCUUAAUAUUUUAUUUACAUGAAAAUAUGUAAAAACAUCACUUAGUUGGGGUCAAAAGUUUGACUGUAAAGAUUAUGCCUUCUGAGUUAUGAUUUAUCUGCCAUGAAUAUGGGGAUUUUUGUUUACCUAUAAUUAAAUGAUGCAUUCCAACUUGAUCUACAUCUUGAAAAGUACAUGUCUGGGCUGUAAUUAAGUCAAAAGUUUGGGCUGUACUCAGUUGAGCCUAUUUGUUGGCUGUUACAAAUGUCUAGCCAAAACAUUGCAGUGCAUCAACUGUAAGUUAACAUCACAGUGGUUCAUGUGUUUCAAGUGAAGCUAUGUAUUAUAGUAUUUCACCUCUUUAUUUCUAGUACAUGGUCUGCAAACAGCAAUCAUUUCAAUUCUGUAAUAAUAAUUAAGAAUUACAAGUGAAGGAAUGUUGAGCCAUUUUAGCCAGUUCUUAAACGAACAUUUCCACCAGCAAUACAAACACCUUCUGUUAAUGAGCAUAACAUCAACAGUCUUAUUUUUAUGUGCUUGUGAUGAUAUUGAAGGGUCAAUAUAACAACAUCAUUUCAUUGUUGGAAGACUAUGUUCUGUGAACCGCCCAUUAUCACUCUUCUGGGAGAAGACCAUCUUUGCAGGUUUGCUUUUAAUUGUGAAAUGAAACUUGUUAGAAAUUGUGCCCUAGCAUACAAAUUAUAAUUUCUUGUAGAGUAUUAGAGUAUUCAAAGCAUACAGUGUGCAGAGCAGAUGUAGUGUUAGAACAAUGGAACGUACUUUCCUAACAUAGAGGUACUUUCUUUUUAACUUAAAAGCCCAGUCUAACCAAUGCUGCUGGUUAAUCAAAUUUCAGUCAUAACUACUCCAGAAGCAAAAUAUUGCAGAUACUGGAAAUCUGAAAUAAAAACAGAAAAUGCUGUUAAUACUCAUGUCAAGCAGUAUCUGUAGAUAGAGAAACAGAGAGAACUAUCUGCAUUCACUGUGGAAAAGCUUGUUUAAAAACCCUUGAACCAGUUGCGUGCUUCAAUAUUAGGUCCCUCUGAUCCUCACCUCUCAUCAAUCCCCAUGUCCAAUUCAUGGCCUCCAUAUUCUCCGAACCAACCUCUGCUCUUCCAUCCAUCCCCAUGAUCUUGAGUAACUCUUAUACUAACAUGACUAUCACUCAUCCUCAUCACCUCUUUGUAGUUCCCAUACCAUUUUAAUACCAAUUCAUGACAAACAAUGUUACCCAACCAUCACCUUUUACCUCUACAACUUCUGCAUCUACUUGCCCAGUAUCCACCAUAAGCAGAUCUCAGGAAGCAAGUUGAGAUGGAAUAAAAAAAAGUUAAAAGUAUCUGAUACAAUACACUCCGUAUUUUUUUUUUAAAGUUGCAUUGAUAAAAUUCCAAUCGAUAUAUUUAAAUUCCCUCAAGUACCUAAACCCUUCAUUUAUAAUAUAUCACUUAAGCCCAAUGUAACUGAAGUAACCAAUUUUCCAAUUUGGACACAGGUAGGCCUUUUUUUCAGAAAUUAGUGUAUUUCAUAAUAUAAAAACUUCACAAAUUUUAUCUGAUUCUUGUGAACAUUUUAUAUUUACUGUUUAAAAAGUUGCCACACUGAGAUAAGAUGUUGCUGUAGUGAAAAUGAGUCAUAGAAUUUUACAGUACAGAAGGAAGCCAUUUAACCCAUCAUUCCUAUACAGGCUCUCAAAAGAACCUGCUAGUCUCAGGAGGUCUGUUUUGAAUUCAAUACUGACUUCAAAUGACUUGCUGGAUUCAAGUUUCUUCCAUAGGAGUCAUUUAUUACCCCAUUCCCCUGUAGACGUAAAUGGGAGUAGGACUUCUGAAUCUUGGGUCAUGGUGCAUUCUGAAUAAUUUGUGGAUGCGCCAGUUCUGCAAAAAUCGAUGCAAUUGUUUCAGAUAAAUGUUAACUCUGUUUCUCUCUGCACAUAUUGAUUGGUCUACUGAGUAUUUCCAACAUUUUUUUGUUUUUCUAUCUCUGUUAGAUUUACCUUUCCAUCCCUUCAUAUUUUACCAUUCAACUCUUUGUUGGAAAAUGGUAUCAACAGUAACAGGCGUGCUGAAAGGUAAUCAAGUUGAAACUUUAGUUCGGAUUUGUGGCUGAUAGUCUGACCUGUGGUGGAUUUACAGUAUUUUCUGUUUAAUUGUUGAACAUUAACUUGAAAUUUAAUUUUAUUUUGUUCCUCCUUCUCCACUCUUCCUCAAAUCUCUGACAUAGAAAUUAACCGUGUGGAGUCUUAAACAUUGUAGGAAUAAUACUUUAUGCUUUCUCUCAUUGUUUCCAACACUCUCAAAAAUGCUCAAUUCUAGAAUACAUCAACAAAUAAUGCAUAUUUCCAUUAUGAAUUUUUAUUUGUGUUUGUAGAAUUUUUAUAAAAAUAUUGUAUAGAGUUUUUAAGAAGUUUGAAAAUUAAGAGUUCUUGAGUGAAUCACCAAAGAUUUCAGAUAUGCUGUACUCCUGCCCCAGAUAUAACCAGUUUGCUGAUUACAAAGGCAGAAGAUGAUGCAAACUGAAAAUGAUGUGUGCAUGCCAAAGGCAUCGGGUUCAAACAUUAUAAAUCAAUUGUUUGUUUUUUGUUGCUUGCCAAAUUUUCAACUUCAAGGGCUUUUUACUCCCUUCAGCUAAAAGUAUAUGUUAAUGUUGACCAGGGAGUGUCUCGUAAUGCCAGACUAUAAGCAGUCACCUGUAGGCGAACUUGUGGAGUGUGACAGACAAUCCUCUUUUCUUUCCCUUACAUGUUAGGAGGUAUUUGGAUAAAAGGUUGUGAAGCUUGCUAUUUAAUCUCAAAAGUGAGAAGAACCCCUGUUGCUAGUUUAACCAAACUGAGUCUUUUUUUUUGCAACAUUUUUCUCCGGACUUAUUGCUGAUAAAAAAUGAAUAAUUUAUAAUAUGAUCAACUAAAUCAAAUCAUGCUUUUAAUUUGUUCGUCCAUUAUUGCUUCAAUCUUUACAUAAGAAAAUAACCUGGUACUUUACUAUGUUUAGUUUCACGUGUUAAAACAGAUUAUCACAAAAUUGUAAUUUUUUAAUAGCUCCAUGGUUAGAAGAUGUUGGUGCAAAAUCUUACUAAUAUCCAUAGUUAGUAAGAUUUAGCACCAAUAUCUUCUAAUGUAAAUGUUUCGCAAAUAAAUAACCAUAUACCUUUUUGUUAAUUUCGUCUCUGAGAAAUUCAAGAAUGGACAUUAAUGAAUUAAUCUUUUGAGCCAAGAAAUUUAACUUAGUUGUUUUGAUUUUCUUAGUUAUAUUUUCCUUUCUUAAUCAAAAUCCACUUGUUUUACAAGAUAACUAUAAAUAUUUCUUGAUAUUUUGUAUUGUCUCCAUGCAAUAGUAAGUGUAGAAUGGUCAUAGCACAUGAAGAGGUUACUGGCCGUAUUGUGUCCAUGCUGGCUCUAUACAAGUCCAAACAACUAGUCUCAUUUCCCUGCCUUUUCUCCAAAAUUUGAUUUCUUCAAUUAGUAAUUGAAUACCUCUUUGGGUACUGUGAUUAAACAAGACCACAUUCUCCAGCAUAACCUAAUCACUUGCUGAGUGAAAUAGAAUAAUCAUUUUACUGUCGCUUUUCUCUCAUGUUUAAAUCUCUUUACCAAUCACCUGAAAUCAGUGUGUUCUGGUUUUCAAUCCUUCUGCCAAUGAUUACAGUGUUUCACUUUCUACUCUAUCCAUACCAUUGUGAUUUUGAACUCCCAUGUCAAAUCUUCUCUUGAUCAUUCCUUUUCUGAAGAGAACUGAUAAUUAGAUACAAGCAACUGAAAUCCUUCAUUCCUAGAACUAUUCUCAAGUCUUUUUUGCGCUCUUCCUCUAAUUCCUUCAUCAUCUUCCUAAAUUGAAGUGACAGGAAUGGGUACAAUACUGCCGUUGAGGUCUAACCUAAUCUUUCAGAGAUCCAACAUCAUUUCCUUGCUUUUGCACUCUCGGGCUCUAUUUUAUAAAGCUCAAAAUCCUCUAUUUUUUUAACUAACUUUUUCACAGUCUGCCUUGACAUCUGCAAUGAUUGGUUCACAGAUGUACCUCUAGAUCUCUUUUCACCUGAACAUCCUUUAAAAUUGUAUUGCCUUUCAUCAUCUUACUACCAAAGAUAGAAAGGGUUGAGGAAUUUAUCAGCCAUGAUUGAACAGCCAAGCAGACUUGAUGGGCCGAAUGGCCUAAUUUCUGCUCCUAUGUCUUAUGGUCUCUUAAAUGUUCUCCUACUGAACUCAUUUAUUGAAUCCAGCAAUGCCUCCUUCCUAAUUAAAAGAGAUAUUGAUCUUAAUUCACCAAAACACCAGUUCUAAAACACACCUCAGGAAUUAUUCUCAUCUCCAUCCUAUACACUAUUGUUAGAAGCACAGAAUAGUCAGCAGAGAAGGAGCCUUUCAUCCGUUAUCUUUGCUAGUUCUCUGAAGGAGCAAUUCACUUUGUGUCACUCACCUGUCUUUUCCCUGUAGACAACCAGUAAGAAAAACACCCUAUUACAAUGCCCUAUAACUCCAACACAUUUUUCUUAUGAUUUAACUGAUCGUCAAAGGCUUAGAUAAUAGCUUGCUGAUGACACCUAGUUAAUUGCAUUCUUUUAUGCAUGCAUGGUAGUGAGCUUUGAAUGCCUUGUACAAGUGAAAGAAUGGUUAUCGAUCACCAACAGUUAUUCAGAGGUUUGUUCUUUGCAAGUGAACAAUCAAUCUUUUGAAUCAUGCUACAACCUUUGUUAGAUUAGAAUUGCUCAUCAACAAUGAUGAUCAACUUAUUGCAUUUAUCACGUCACUGAUAAUCCAGAUCAUUGCCCAAAACAAUAUGCUUUACUUUACCCCUGGAAUAUAAAGUAUUACAGCAAAGUAUAUUUAUCAACAUUUGUUUAACUGUUCUGUAAUUAAAUAAUUGUGUUAUAGGUGCAAUUUGUGACAGAAAUUCAAUAUAUGGAAUUCAUUUUCAAUUCAUGGUAUUGUUUGGUGUUCAUGGCCCGAAAUUUAUUGUCAGAGUUGUAUUUACAGACCAGGUGGCGACAAAUUCUCUGAAUUCAAUUGAGCAUUGUCCACUGUCUUCAAAGGAGAUUAAAGCCUGUCAUGUUGGCUCAGUAAUUUUUUCAAUGCUGUAUACGUCCCAUAAUUCCAACAUCUAAUAGCUGGUUGAUGCCAACUGCAUGAAUAUUACCAGUUGUUUCCCUGAAUGGUUGGCAUGAUUUAAAUCCCUUGCAUGGAGAUUCUUAAAGUCUUUGUGAAUGGGAAUAUUGGCAUUAUUGAAGAUAUUUUCCAUCUAUCAGAAGUGAAUGGCAGUUGGGGCAGUAUCAUUCACCACUCCAUUGAAGUAAACUUGAGUAUCCCUAACACUGGCCUCAUGCCUGCAUUGAGCUGUAGCAGCACUAGGCAGAGCUGUAUUCUGCAUUUAACAGAGCCAGUGUAAAUUGUUGUGAAAUGAUUGUUCCUGUCUUUUGAGAAGGUUUUCUGUAAGGUUUGAUCUGGUUUUCACUUUUGCCCAUUAUCGAAGUUUUAAUUCAAUCAGCAAAAAACCUGUCCAUGGUUAAACUGUCUUCUGCAGAAGGGAACAUAGAAAAGAAAUCAGUUGUCAUUGUUCAUAGGGAAAGCUAACAUUACCGGAUUGGAAUAAGAAGAAACAUUUCAGUAGGGCUGGGUUGCAGGUCACCACCCAACUUGCUUUGUUUAAUGUGGAUGCUGGCAUAGACCAACUCCAGGAUUUCAUGCUGGGUAUGUCUGCUGGAUAGAUAUUUAAAAAAGGCCACGACAGAUCAUACCUCAAUCUCCCAGGUUCAGCGAGUCCAUUUUGAAAAAUAAAUGCAGAACCUAGGCUUAUCAAUACCCUAAUGAACCAUGUUUGUGGCUUUAAAGCAAUUGUUAAAAGUUUAAGUUGCAGGAAUUUGCAGCUGUGUCAAUACAUUGGUAACUGCACGCUCCAACUUUCAGUUGUUUCAGGUAUCUAAUUCAAUGGGGGUGAAUUUCACAACCCUCCACCAAAGUCUUAAAUAUUGAGAUAUUACUGCUAGGGCAGACCGUCCACCCACCUGAAACCAAUUGGUAGCCACUUCACAGUCUAAUCGUGCAGCUGGACAAGAUGCAAGGAAUAUGACCAGCCCAGCAACUUUAACAUCCUAGGCUACAAGUAGGAAAGAAAGGGCUGAUGCUCUUUUCCUUUUGAAAGGGGGUGCUGGUGCCUGUGCCUAUUACAGCUACCCCACUCCAAAGAUGGAAACCCCACUUUGUGCCUCAUUCCCCAGCCUCUAAAACCUGACUUCCUUCUCCUCACUGUGGUUCCUGAUCACUCCCUGACCAAAAUCCCAGAUCUUAAGACCAAGGACAGUGACCUUCUCAGGGCUGCCUCUGGUCCUAUCAUUGGCCACUUUUUGCUACUGCUGUCAGCUCGUCUCUGAGGAUCAAAAGUUCUACUUUCAGGUCAUUAAAUUCAGGUGUUCCCACCCAACUUUUCAAUCCAGAAGGACAGCGUCCCAUUGUAAAAUUCAUUCUAUUGUUGAUUGUGGUUGCAAGAACCCUGGUCUAAAGCAGUUCCUUCCUCUCUGACAUCUGCCUAUGCAUUUGUGAAACUGGUUUUAUAUGACUAACAGUUAGCCAUUUGCCUAAACCUUGUAGACAAUAGGUGCAAGAAUUAUGGGAAUUCAUUAUAAUCAAGUUGGUAAACUGUCAGAAUGAAAUGCAUAAUAUCACUGAUCCAGAGGUUGGAAAUCAAUAGGCUAUCAACUUAUGAAGGGCCUGCAGUAGCAUGUUCAAUAGUAAGGUCAUCAGAGUUUUAAAGAUGAUAAAAAUUUUUUAAAAGCUUUGAACAACAGGAAAAAUGACCUGCAGUAACCAAUUAACUCACACUCCAAAGUCCAUAAGGUCUCAAACACUCAGCAACUGCCUUUAAAUAUUCCAUCAAAUUUCCCUGAUGGAAAUUGAAGAUCCACUUAGCCAUGGUUAAUUGAGUAGGGAGCAGGAAUUGCUGGGUUAAAAUACAUGGGUUUUUUGUUGAAUUGCUUGACCACAAUUUGCAUAUGUGUAUGACACCCCCAAGUGUUUCUAAGAAGAACUGCAACCAUUUGGAAAAUUCGGAGGCAAUGUCAACACAUCAAUUAUUUGGCA